AUGGAUCCCGAGGGCGCGGCCACUGAUCAGAUGCAAACAGAAUCUUUACCUUCAUGUCCCAACACUGUGUCACCGGUGAGGUUAAAUAAUCUGAUCGGUUCUCCAAGGUUUGGAACAGUUACUCCAAAUCGUGUCUUUGUUGGAGGAAUUGAUUUUAAGACUAAUGAAAAUGACCUGAAGAAGUUUUUUGCUCAGUAUGGCAGUGUGACAGAAGUGAAGAUAAUAAAUGACAGAGCUGGAGUAUCAAAGGGGUAUGGCUUUGUUACAUUUGAAACCCAAGAAGAGGCACAGAAGAUUUUACAAGAUGCUAAAAAACUCAACUAUAAGGAUAAGAAAUUGAAUAUUGGACCAGCAAUAAGAAAGCAAGUGCGAAGAAUUAGUCAAACUCUUACUAUCAAUGAAACUGGUACAAUGUACUUGACCACUUCCAGUGGAUAUCCAUAUGUUUACCAUAAUGGAGUGGCUUAUUUUCAUACAUCUGAAGUCUCUCCUGUUCAGCAGCCAUGGCCAUCUCGAUCUGUUUCCAGUUCACCUGUGAUGGUUGCUCCACCUGUUUAUCAGUCUCCUACAUACCACUAUCAGGCACCAACACAGUGUCUUUCAAGUCAGUGGCAGUGGUCUGUUCCACAGUCUCCUACCUCUUCACCUCCACUCCUGUAUCUGCAACCAUCUGAAGUCUUCUAUCAGCCAAUAGGAAUUAACCCGGAGGGUGGAUGUAUAUCUCCACCUCUCCUAAUGGAAGCUGCAGUUCCUGAGCUGUAUUCUGAUCAUGGAGUUCAAACACUACAUCACCAGCCCUAUGUCCAGAGUCACAUAGCCAUGCCUGCAGCUUCCUUCCUGUGUGGCUGAGAUCCAUCAUCAACAUAACAGCUAGCAGCUGCCAGUUGUGGAAUUUGGG